AUGAAGCUUCUUUUUCAUGUUUUUCCCCUUUGUUUCUGAUGUGGCUCAUUUCUGUAGCUCACAAAAACACAAAAGCGAGAAACUGAUCUUUCAAGGUUUGCAGGCCUACUAUGUGAGUUUUCAAUGUAGAUGGCAAAGGUCUGCAGUGUUUGGUUAUGUGUGUUUGCUCUUUCAGCUGUACGUGGCCACGGAGGCCAUUCUCAUCGCUCUGGUUGGGGCCACACCGUCGUACCACUGGGACCUGGCAGAGCUCCUGCCGAAUCAGAGCCAUGGCAACCAGUCAGCUGGUGAAGAGCAGGCCUUUGGGGACUGGCUCCUGACAGCCAACGGCAGCGAGAUCCAUAAGCACGUGCAUUUCAGCAGCAGCUUCACCUCCAUCGCCUCCGAGUGGUUUUUAAUUGCCAACAGAUCUUACAAAGUCAGUGCAGCAAGCUCUUUUUUCUUCAGUGGUGUGUUUGUCGGAGUUAUCUCUUUUGGUCAGCUUUCAGAUCGCUUUGGAAGGAAAAAAGUCUAUCUCACAGGUUUUGCUCUUGACAUCUUAUUUGCGAUUGCAAAUGGAUUUUCCCCGUCGUAUGAGGUUUUUGCAAUAACUCGAUUCCUGGUGGGCGUGAUGAAUGGAGGGAUGUCACUGGUGGCCUUUGUCUUGCUGAACGAAUGCGUGGGCACCGCCUACUGGGCACUCGCAGGAUCGAUUGGUGGCCUCUUCUUUGCAGUUGGCAUCGCCCAAUAUGCCCUGUUAGGAUACUUCAUCCGCUCCUGGAGGACCCUAGCUGUUCUGGUUAACCUGGAGGGAACAGUGGUGUUUCUCUUAUCUUUAUUCAUUCCUGAAUCACCUCGUUGGUUAUACUCCCAGGGUCGACUGAGUGAGGCUGAAGAGGCACUGUACCUCAUUGCCAAGAGGAACCGCAAGCUCAAGUGCACGUUCUCACUAACACAUCCGGCCAACAGGAGCUGUAAGGAGACUGGAAGUUUCCUGGAUCUCUUCCGUUACCGGAUCCUCUUAGGACACACCUUGAUCCUGAUGUUCAUCUGGUUUGUGUGUAGCUUGGUGUAUUAUGGCCUGACUCUGAGUGCAGGUGAUCUAGGUGGAAGUAUUUAUGCCAACCUGGCCCUCUCUGGCCUCAUAGAGAUUCCAUCUUACCCUCUCUGCAUCUACCUGAUUAACCACAAAUGGUUUGGCCGGAAGAGGACAUUAGCAGCAUUUCUGUGCCUAGGAGGACUGGCUUGUCUUAUUGUAAUGUUUCUUCCAGAAAAGAAAGACACAGGUGUGUUUGCAGUGGUGAACAGCCAUUCCUUGUCCUUGCUGGGGAAGCUGACGAUUAGUGCGGCCUUUAACAUUGUUUAUAUCUACACCUCCGAGCUUUACCCUACGGUCAUCAGGAAUGUUGGGCUUGGAACUUGUUCCAUGUUCUCCCGAGUUGGUGGGAUCAUUGCUCCCUUCAUCCCCUCACUGAAAUAUGUGCAGUGGUCUUUGCCCUUCAUUGUCUUUGGAGCUACCGGCCUGACCUCAGGCCUCCUGAGUUUGUUAUUGCCAGAAACCCUUCACAGUCCGUUGCUGGAGACGUUCUCUGACCUUCAGGUGUAUUCAUAUCGCAGGCUGGGGGAGGAAGCGUUAUCUCUACAGACCUUGGAUCCUCCACAGUGUGCGGACAAGGAAAGCACUUUAGGGAGCGAGAGUGAAGAAGAGGAAGAAUUUUACGAUGCAGAUGAAGAGACUCAGAUGAUCAAGUGAAGAGCCCCAGAUUCUUCCAUGGAAGCAAAGAUUGUCUUUUAUGCCUCUAGCUAAGGCAGGCUCUUCCAUGAAUCCUAAGAGGGUUGUAGAAAGACAGGCUUGGUUUGAAGAUACAUAGAUGAAUAGCGUGGACUGAUUUUUUUCAGGCACCAAGGGAAGUUGGAGAAGAGAUUUCAUGAGAGACAACAUCACUGCAUUAAAGGAAUAGUUAAUUUAUCCAAAAUUCAAGUGCAGCUCAGAAUCAUGACCUCUGGCCAAGUCUCUCAAAUCCACAUUCCAGAGUGGCAGGCUGGUUUGUUUCUAGAGGUUUGAUCACUGUUGCUUUUCUUUCAUCAUUACCUAAAGGCAGAAAUGUAAAAUUUCUCACCAUUUUAGUGAGAUAAGAUAAAUGAUCCUUAAGAUUUAA